CUAGGCUCAUAAGCCCAACGACAGUUGAGCCCGCGAUCAUGAUCCAUCCAGGCUAGCUAUAUAAGAGCAACUACUGCCCUCCAAACCCUAAAAAACAUCGGAGAAAAUCUCGCGCCGACGGACAAGCGACCUGCCGGAUUCUUGCAAGUUUCCUCUCCAUCAGAAGCCAUGGCGGACGUUGAAGCCGAUGUUGCCGUUCCAGAACAGCCAAAGAAGAGGACGUUCAAGAAGUUCAGUUUUAGGGGAGUUGAUUUGGAUACCCUCUUGGACAUGUCCACUGAUGACCUCGUCAAGCUCUUCACUGCUCGUGCCCGAAGAAGGUUCCAGCGAGGUUUGACUAGGAAGCCAAUGGCGCUCAUCAAGAAGCUCCGGAAAGCGAAACGGGAGGCUCCAGCUGGUGAGAAACCCGAGCCAGUUAGGACUCACUUGCGCAACAUGAUCAUAGUCCCCGAGAUGAUCGGUAGCGUUAUAGGUGUUUAUAAUGGCAAGACUUUCAACCAAGUGGAGAUCAAGCCUGAGAUGAUUGGUCACUAUCUCGCUGAGUUCUCAAUCAGUUACAAGCCGGUGAAGCACGGAAGACCUGGUAUUGGUGCUACCCACUCUUCCAGGUUUAUUCCUCUCAAGUGAAGCUCUUGGUCGGCAUCCCAGAUGGUGUUUCAGUUUCUUGGAUCUAGCUUUUGUCCUUCCGUCAUGCUGUUUUGUUCUUCCCGUUUCCGUAUGCUGCCCUAAAUAUUUGGUUCCCGAAAUUUUGUACAAGGAUUCUUGCUCUUGAACCUUUUAUUGUCAACUAGAAACUUUAUUGGACGAUAUUAUCUGGUAUCAAUUCUCACACAGUCAACGUGGCGAAAAAUUAUCUUUGUUGGAC